GAUGUCUAAAUUAAAAAGAAAGAGAGGUCAGACAUUGAAAAAACAAAAGAAAUCUUUAUCAGAGACAAAUGGAGGUUCAUCAUCUCGCUCAACAAAAAGAGGUGACAAAUGUCAAAGAUUGAAAAAACAAAAGAAAUCUUUAUUAGAGACAAAUAGAGUUUCAAAAUCUCGCUCAACAGAAAGAGUGGAAAAAGACUCUUGGAACUUUGGUAAACCAUCCUACAAGUGCAUUCAUUGUGGAUCAGUCAUGUGGUACGAAGAGCGAACUGUUAAAAACCAAGAACCAGCCAUCCCUUUUGUUUUCAUUAUGUUGUAUGGAUGGCAAAGUUCAGUUACCAUUAUUGAAAAAGUCGCCAGAACCAUUAAAAAGUUUACUAGAUGUGGGCACUGGUAAUAAGGGGAUUAGUUUUAGAAGCAAAAUAAGAAUAUACAAUUCAUUGUUCUCAUUUACAUCGAUGGGAGGGCAUGUUGACCAUGAGAUUAACCAAGGUGGUGGUCCAUAUGUUUUCAAACUUUGCGGACAGAAUUACCACCGAAUAGGAUCAUUACUUCCACUUGAAGGAAGGAAACCUCAGUUUGCACAACUUUAUAUUUAUGACACAGAGUAUGAAACCAAUCAUAGAUUAAAUUCUAUACGAGAUAAUAGAGUCGAUGAUACUGUUGAUAGGGAAUUAGUGCAAGAAUUGCAAUUGAUGUUUGAUGCGAACAAUGAAUUGGUUAAGAGUUUUUAUUCUGUCAGGGACCAUAUGCAUUGGAAUGUUAUUAGAAAUAUGCAUUUGUGGUUGAAAAUGAAAAGGGAAAAAGAUGGAAGACAAUACAAUUUACCAACUGCAUCUGAAAUUGCGAGUUUAAUUAUUGGUGAUAUUGGAAUUUUAGAAGCUGCAAAAGAUAUCAUUGUUCAUCAUUCAAAAAAUGGUCUUCAAAGAAUUUUUGACUUGCAUCCAAGCUUUAUGGCAUUAAGUUAUCCAAUAUUAUUCCCAUAUGGAGAAAAUGGAUACAUAAUUGACAUUAACCGUA